UCAAAAUUUACAAAAAUCAUCAAGUUUGACGAUUGGAGUUGGUUUGCGGUGAUUUUUAUUCAGUACCUAAUAUAAAAAAAAUACAAAGAUGACUACUAAGAAUAAAACAGAAGAAACAAAGAAAGAAAAGCCCGAGGCAACACCGGCACCAAGUGAUGAUUUGUCUGAAGAAGAUAAGCGUCUCCAAGAGGAGCUUAAUAUGCUUGUUGAAAAGUUAAUGGGUAACGAUGUCGACUUGUAUUUGCCAGCCCUACAAAUGCUGAGCAAUCUCAUCCGGACUUCUACAACUUCUAUGACAUCAGUACCUAAACCUCUGAAAUUCCUUAGAGAACACUACCCGUCUCUCAAGGAAGUUUAUGAAAAAAUUAAAGAUGAAAAGACAAAGAAGUAUUGUGCAGAUGUAGUUUCAGUCCUAGCCAUGGGAGUCAGUGGUUCACUUGAUGCUGCUGAGAAGCGUGAAUGUCUCAAGUAUUGUUUAUUGGGAACAAAGUCAAAUGUCGGGGAGUGGGGGCAUGAAUAUGUCAGGCAGCUGGAAGGAGAAAUAGCAGAGGAAUGGAAUGUGGAGAACAUGGACACUCUGCUGCCCCUGGUGUGUGACGUGGUAGCCUUUGACAUGCAGCACUCUGCCGAGAUUCAAGCCUGUGAUCUACUUAUGGAAAUUGAUCGUCUCAAUCUGCUCACUCAACACAUGGAUCAGAGCAAUUAUGCUCGUGUCUGUUUGUAUUUGAUUGGAUGUGCUAGCUAUGUAGUAGAACCAGAAUCUACACAAAUCCUGCAAGGUGUCCUGGACACAUACUUACGUUUUGAGGAGUACCCUCGUGCGUUGUUGGUGGCUAUGCAACUACAUGAUACACAAAAAUGUGAAGCUAUUCUGAAUGCUUGCAAAGAUGGUCUGGUCAAGAAGCAGCUUUGUUACAUGAUGGCCCGUCAGUAUGUUCCAAUUGAACCAGAAGAUGAGGACCUGAGGAGCAUCCUUCUGAAUGCCCAUGUUACUGAACACUUCCAUAGUUUGGCCAGAGAGCUUGACAUCAUGGAACCAAAAACUCCUGAAGAGGUAUACAAAACCUGGCUAGAGUCUGCUGGCUCUGCUCUGAGGCCAUCUCUUCUAGCUGAACAUCCAGUAGACUCAGCCCGACAAAAUCUGUCUGCGACAUUCGUCAAUGCAUUUGUCAAUGCUGGCUUUGGACGCGAUAAACUCGUCACAACUGAAGACGGCAACAAGUGGAUGUAUAAGAAUAAAGACCAUGGCAUGUUGUCAGCAGCAGCAUCUUUGGGUAUUAUACAUCUAUGGGAUGUUGAUGGUGGUCUGACACCUAUUGACAAGUAUUUGUACACUUCAGAAGAACAUAUCAAAGCAGGAGCUCUGUUGGCCCUCGGUCUUGUCAACUGCGGCGUACGCAAUGAGUGUGAUCCAGCCUUAGCGCUGCUCGCUGAUUAUUUGCUACACUCUAGUGUCAAUUUGAGGAUCAGUAGUAUUCUUGGGCUGGGUCUGGCGUACGCGGGUACGCAACGCGAGGACGUGCUGUCUCACCUGCUGCCGGUGCUGUCGGACGCGUCCGCCACCCCCGAGGUGCUGGGCCUGGCCGCUGUGGCCGCCGGACUCAUCGUUGUCGGCUCGUGCAAUGGAGAGGUCUCCUGUGCUAUAAUCCAGAGGCUUAUAGAAGAUAACAAAGAACUUCACUCGUCGACAUUUGCGAGGUUCUUGCAUUUAGGUCUAGGAUUGUGUUUCUUAGGAUGUAAGGAGCGUACAGAGGCGACGAUGGCCGCGCUAGAAGUGUUACCGGAGCCGCAACAGUCGCUUUGCCAGACCACGCUGUCCAUGUGUGCGUACGCGGGUACCGGCGACGUGCUCAUCGUUCAACAGAUGCUGCACAUCUGCUCUAAGCAUUACGACACUGAUAAUGAGCAAUCAUCGACCGAAGAUACAGCAUUUAAGAAGCAAGACAAGAAGGAAUCUAAGGAAGGCACCUCGUCUAGGAGCUCCGCCAGCGCCGACCAGAAAGAUGAUAAAAACAAAAGCAAGUCGAAGGAGUCAAAGAGCAAGGACAAGGAGAAGGAGGCAAACAAGGAGCUGUCGUCGGUGCAGGCGGUGGCCGCGCUCGGCGUCGCCGCCAUCGCGCUGGCCGAGGAGACCGGCGCCGAGAUGUGCACAAGGAUCUUUGGACAGCUGGGUCGGUACGGCGAGCCGGCGGUGCGUCGCGCGGUGCCGCUCGCUAUUGCGCUGUGCUCGGUGUCCAACCCGCAGCUGUCCGUCAUCGACGUCCUCAACAAGUACUCGCACGACGCCGACAACGACGUCGCGUACAACGCCAUCUUCGCCAUGGGCCUCGUCGGCGCUGGUACCAAUAACGCCAGGUUGGCAACAAUGCUGCGCGCGCUUGCCCUGUACCACGGCAAGUCGCCGGUGCAUCUGUUCAUGGUGCGGCUGGCGCAGGGGCUGUGCCACGCGGGCAAGGGAACGGUGACGCUCUGUCCCGCUCACGCCGACCGCCGCCUGCUCAACCGUCCCGCUCUAGCUGCCCUGCUAGUGGUGCUCACCGCGUUCCUUGACUGCAAGAACAUUAUUCUUGGCAAAUCCCACUACCUUCUGUAUGUUCUGUCUGCGGCCUUCCAACCCCGUUGGCUGGUCACUUUGGAUGAGAAUCAACAGCCCCUCAACGUCAGUGUUCGUGUGGGACAGGCAGUAGAUGUGAUUGGAAAGGCUGGCACACCAAAAACUAUUGCUGGAUCGCACACACACACCACACCAGUUCUCCUCUCGUUUGGUGAGAGAGCAGAGUUGGCGACGGACGAGUACAUUCCCCUGUCGCCGGUCAUGGAAGGUUUUGUCAUACUCAAAAAGAAUGAAGACAGUGUUAUGGCAUCCGUACAAUAAGUAAUCUAACCUACAUAUAUUUUUAGUAUUAAUGUAUUCUAUCUUAUAUGUCAAAAAAGUUUUUAAUAAAUAGCUUAAAA